AUGUCGAUACCAAGUACACGUAAUCGACGACAAGGCGAUUCUAUAUUGCCAGCCGGGGCUCGGGGAAGUAACCAAGUGCACAGCAUGGCACUAUCCUUGCUUUCACAAGUCAGACUUUGCGCCAGGAACGAUCGUGGUUGGAUCGCUGCCCUGAUAAUGAAAAUGAAGGCUGCCCACGUGAGCCUGAGCCGGCAUUGGACAAUGAUUGUACUGGAAGCCACUGUCUCGCUGGUACCCGUCCAGUUGCGUUUGAAGUCGCUGUCGCCUCAAAUGCAAACCGAUCUGCUUUGUGCCCGCGUGGAAAACAAUGAUGUGUACACCGCAUAUAAUCCUGCUUCUGCUUCGGCAUCCGUCACACAUGCGGCCGGCGCCGGCUUCAUACAUCUGGGUACGGAGCUCUUUGGGUGGUGUGAAGGUCGCAGGUAUCCUUGCAAAAUAACUGGAGCUCUCUGCUCUCUGCCACACCUCCAGCUGUUGAUCAAAGCAAGCUCCUCCGGCCUCACCUACAGUCUACAGAACUCACUCAAAGCACCAACCGGCCACGCACCCGACGUGUUGGGAAGUCGCCGUCAUCAUCAGUGGCCGCGCGCGGGGACUGCUGCUGCCAGGAAUCCGUAUCGCACCCCAAUCCCAUCGCCUCGUUGCUGCAUUGUGCAUUGCCGAUAUCCUCCCGCCACACCUCAAUUGACGACGACGACGCCGCCACGCCCACAUAGCCUUACCACUCUCGCUGUCUCGCCAAGGCAGCCUUGCGCGCCUCUGUGGCUCGGUGAGGAUCGCCGGCUCGCCGCAAUGCCUUCGUUCCUCAAAGAUAUCAGCCUCCGCCGGAGAUCGAAAGCGUCGAUCAGGAAUGGCGCCGGCGCCGGCGCCAGCGACAGCUCCAACUCGGAGAGCAACAGCGAGGUGGGCGAGAACGGGCAUUUGCAGCAGCCCAGCAAGUCGUCGUCGACACUGAGUUCCUUCCUCGACCGCCGCCAGAGCCCGCCGACCACAUUGUCCAGCCAGCGAUCGCACUCGAACCUGUCAACCAUCAAUGGCGCAAACAUCAAUACUACCACCCACACUCCUCCGCCCAUCCCUCCACGAGAGUCGCGCCCGCGCAUGCCCACCUCGCAGAGCAAUCGAUACAGCAUCACUGUAUGGAAAGAGCUGACCAUACGCUGCAGGGAAUGCCAUUGCAGAAUGGUGAAAGGUCGACGCCCGCAACCUCGCCAUUGGCUCCGCGCGUCCUGUCUGUGUCUGAUGGAUCUUGGGUAUGCUGAGCUGAGCAAUUGUGCAUCCAAGGUGCUGCUCAUCUUUGGCCAGUGCGCCGACAUAACACAACCCAUCGACGGCCACCUUACCGUCUGCCACCACCAAGACAAAUUCCCACCUACCACAUGGCCAGUCUGCGACUCGCAUUUCAAAGCACUCGUCCACCUAGAACCUGGGCCUAAUCGCCUCCGCCUCGACUUCACCUCACCCAAACUUCCAGCCCAGAACUCAUCGAUACCCGCUCACUCAUCCUGGAUAAACAUUAAUUACCUGCCACUAAUCUCUGCUCCACCCCUCCAACUGUGCAUACUGCUUGCGAAGGACUCACCAGAAACCUAUGAUGCUGUACCGGAGAGGGUGCAGAAAGAAGGCAAUGCUCUGCCAACUGCCAUUAGAAAGUUCAGAAUGGCCGCCUACCUCUGGCAGGCAUUUACCGCAGAACAGAUGAAUCGCAAUGGCUUUGGCAGGAGAUGCUAUAGAUAUGAAGAAGAAUGGCAGCCUGGCACGCUGACUUGGCGGGACAUGGAGUCUGGCAACAUGCGCAAUGAAGCCAAAGUCCACGUCAUCCGCAUGGACAAAACUGUGGAAGAAAUCCAAGACCUGCAUCUCGCUCAGCAGUAUGAGCCUGCGAAGAAGAAGGGCGAUCUCUUCGGUAUUGCGAUGGAAGCUGUGAAGGCAUACUUCCGGCCGGGCGAUGGGCAGCGGCAGUACGUUUCCUGCAUGUUCUUGGACACACAUUGGGACAAGAGGAUCGGCACUGUAAGAGGUCAUGCUGCGCUUGGCGGAGGUGACGACCAGCUGAAGCUCGCCAUCUUCGGCUCUCACUGCUUGCAAUCAUAUCCAGCGCACAUCGAGGAGGUCGUGCCUGCCUUUUCCGACUGCACGAGGACCGACACUAAUUUCGUCGCCAACGACUGCAACGAAGGAGGCAGCAAUUGGGAGUCGGCCAACAUCGGCAUCGGAGCUCAUAUGCAUGAGACCGGCCAUCUGCUCGGCUGCCCCCACCAGGAGAAUGGAGUUAUGAUGCGGGACUACACUCGCCUCAAUCGCACCUUUACAUGCCGCGAACCAUAUUCCACGAGAACAAAGCAGCAGGGACAACGACUGUGCUUACCGAAGGACGAAUGCACUUGGCAUAGAUUGGACACUCUCCGCUUCCGCUUCCAUCCAACCUUCCAGCUCCCUACCGACCAAGCAAGCCAUCCUGAUAACAGUGUACAAGUGUGGACCGUCGAGAACAACACUGCUCUCAUCACCGCCGCCACCGGAGUUGCUUGGAUUGAAAUAUACCCACACGGCGAUGAUGUCUGCCACCAUUGGACAGAGUACCUGGAGCAGAGCGCGCCGAGGCAAAUCAAUUUGACGGAACAGCUGAUCAAGGAUCAGCUACCUGCUGAAAAGAAGAAGCGUAAGAUCAAGCUCAAGAUAUUCAGCUGCGGAGGUGGUGAGCUUGAAAUCCAAGAUCUCUCCAGACUUUACACGUCGGACAGCAAAGUCAAACUGCCUGAUGGCCGACCUGGUUUUAAGGGGACCAAGCUGGGCCACGGCGCAAUGCAAGGCUCGCAGCCCCAGGAACUCAUUCUCGGGCACUGCGAAAAGAAGCAGUGGGGCGCUGCAGGGGAGAAGAAAUCACGGUUACUGCUCAGCGUGAAAGUCUACCAUGGAGACUGCUUGGACGGCAUCGAAUUCUGCUAUGAAGAUGGGAAGAACGAACUUUUUGGCAAGCGCGGCGGUCGUUCCGGAGGCAGUGAAUUUACUCUUGACACGAGAAGGGGAGAGAUGUUACUUGGAUUCUAUGUGAGGGCCGGUUUCUGGAUUGACGGCAUUCAGAUCAUGACGAAUACUGGGCGGCGAAUUGCGCUGCACUGCAGUGGCCCAUGUCCGCGCGAUUUUACUGACAUCGCUCCAGACAUAUACUUGUGCCACCACGAGGGUACAGCAUCGCAGGCGUUUAUGGUAGUUGUGGGGCUUGGCUCGACGGCUUUGGACUUAUAAUCACGAGGUAACGACGGAUCAACGGCACGAUAACCUGCUUCAUCGCUUUUUGCAUAUAUUGUCGCGAAGCUUUACACUUUGCACUGCACUGCAUGCUCGACGGACCUGCCGCUAGACAACGCGAGGACACGCUACGAGGUUGACAUCCUUGGUCACUCACGAACAUCGGCAUUCCCGCAUCAGUAUUCCAUAGCCCUAAUCUGGACAACCACGGCCGGGAUGGAGGGGACAGGAUGGAAACAGCAUAAAGGGCCGAUUUGACUUUUUUCUUUGACUCAACUGGCAUAGCUGCUUAUGCUCAUUGGCAUAGAGGCUCUUGGCUGGCAGAAACUUUCCUGUAGCACAGAGUGCUUAGAGAUACACAGUUUGAGAGGAGAACUAGAUAUACCCGUGGCACUACAUGCGUGGAAGAGAGACAUGUAGUUUGAAUCGUAACGAAAGCUAUGGUGG